CGACGGAUCCCGACUCGUCUCCUGAGUGGCCGGGAUAGUUACGUAGCUUUGGAUAGUGACCGACGAAAUCGCACUGAGCUGGGGCGCAUUUGUUUUACUAUUGACGACGGAUGGGAUGUCACGAGGAUAUGCUCAGACAUGCUCACGACCUUAAGCAACUGAGCCAGCUUGGCGCGUGCUCAGUUCCCUCCCACUGCACCCUACAACCAUGGCCGACCUCUCAUACACUCCGCUCGACCAGAUCGACCAGAUCCACGCAGACGCCAACGCUGCGUUCAGAACGGGCAAGACGAAGUCGAUUGCGUACCGCAAGUACCUGCUGCUGCAGCUCGCGUAUCUUGUCAAGGACAACGAGAAAGCCAUCGUCGAUGCGCUCGGGAAGGACCUGGGCAGACACUCGAUGGAAACCUACAUCCUCGAGAUCAACACGUCCCUCGCCGAGAUCAUGGAGGCGCACGAUAAUGUGGAGAGCUGGGCCAAGCCCGAGAAGCCGCCCAUGACGUUCAACUUCGUGUUCAUGAACCCGCGCGUGCUCAAGCAGCCCAAGGGCGCCGUGCUCAUCAUCAGCCCCUUCAACUUCCCGCUGUGGCUCCUCAUCUCUCCGCUGGCGGGUGCGCUCGCGGCGGGCAACACGGUCGUUUUCAAGCCCUCGGAAGCUGCGCCCCACUUUGCGUCUCUGAUGACGGAGCUGUUCCCCAAGUACAUCGAGCCCGCGGUGGUGUCUGUUGUGAAUGGCGCCAUACCGGAGACCAGUAAGCUUCUCGCGCUUCCCUGGGGACAUAUUCUUUACACCGAUGUCGAAUUACCAGGUGCUGACGUCAAAUACAAACAGCUGGGUGGGAAAUCACCGGUGUUCAUCGACCCGUCGAGCGACCUUGAUCUCGCCGCCCGGCGUGUGAUGUGGGGCAAAUUCUCUAACGCAGGGCAGACCUGUGUCGCGCCGGAUUACGUGCUGGUCCCGCGCUCCGGGCAGGACGCUUUCAUCGCUGCGCUCAAGAAGAACUACGAGCAGUUCUGGCCUGAGACGAAGACGGGCGAGGUGCCGAAGGAUGCGUCCAGGAUGAUCCACGCGGGCGCGUACAAGCGCGUGAGCGGCCUGCUGGCGGCGAGCAAGGGCACGGUCGUUGCAGGCGGCCAGACGAAGGAGUCUGAGAUGUACAUUGCGCCCACGAUCAUCAAAGAUGUCAAGUGGGAUGACUCGCUUAUGAGUGAAGAGCUGUUCGGGCCGCUGCUGCCUAUCGUGCCCAUCGAUUCGGUGGAAGAGGGCAUCGCCUAUGUGAACGCCAAUGACCACCCGCUGGCGUUGUAUGUCUUCUCCCAGGAUGACGCCUACAAGCAGAAAGUGUUCGAUAACACGACCAGUGGAUCUUGCGCAGCUAACGAGACGCUCCUCAUUGCCGGAGUGACGGGACUGCCGUUCGGCGGAAUCGGUCCUAGCGGAUCUGGCGGAUACCACACUGGCAAAUGGGGCUUUGACAUGUUCACGCAUUUCCGGGCCACGAUCGACACCCCGGGCUGGAUCGACAAGCUUCUCUCGUUCCGCUUCCCGCCAUACACCGACAAGAAGGCUGCGAUGCUGCAGUCUCGGCUGGGUGUGAAGCUCCCCGCGCGACCGCAGGCGCCGCCCGCGAUCACCGCUGCUGCCAAAGGCGGGCUGAGCAAAUGGUUUUUGUUUGCUCUUGCUUUCGCAGUCGUGGGCGCGCUGACAAAGACGAAGAGCGGACUCAAGCCUCUGCUGAUGUGGCGGAAGUGAUUGGCUGGCGAUCGUGAUCGUUAAAUGCGUGUGUAUUAGGACUAUUUCAAAUGCUGCGUAACGUAUAC